AUGGAUAUAAAAAGAAGCAUUGUUAAGAAGCCAGAUAGAGGAAGUUUCCCCUUAGACCAUAGCAACGAAUGUACAUCAAUAAAAAACAAUUAUUUAAAAUGCUUAAAGGAACAUAAAAAUGAUCAUAUUAGUUGUAAAAAAUAUUCGAAAGAGUAUUUUAUGUGUAGAAUUGAUAACAAUUUACUAGAAAAGCAAGAUUUAAGUAACUUAGGUUUUUUUGAAAAUGAGUUAAAUAAUGAAAGCCGAUUAAAAAACUUUAAGAAUGUAUAUAGUUACAAUGCAUACAAGGAAAGAAUGGAAGCUUCAAAAGAAAAAAACAAAAUGAAAGAACAUAAUGAUAUAAAAAAAAACGUUAUUUAUCAUGGUAAAGAAAUAGAAAACAAAGACGAAAUAACUCGAAAAGAUAGUGAUGGUUUUUUAAAUUUACAAACUAUAAAAAACGAUGUAAGUGACAACAAUAGCAUAAAAGAAAAUAUGCCAAUGGAAAUGAAUGAAAAAAUUACAAUAAAACGAAAAGAAGAAAGUGGAUAUUUAGCUGGAAAAGAAUAUUUAAAAGUAUUAUUAGAAAAAAAAAAAAACAAAAAAUCAUUUUUAAGUAGCAUAUUUAAAAGUAACAAUACGUGA